AGACACUAAUGUUACACAUUAACACUAGCCAAUAAUAAUACACACUAAUAAUUUUCAGUGGCUGUAGAAGACACCGAAUUGAUGUGUACCUACAUUACUUAUUGGACAUGUUCCGUUGUCCAGGCAAGUACCACUUACAGGAUCACAUACACAUGGAUUCCAUACUCCUAUACUAAUACAUAGGUAUAACGUGAGAUAUGUGCGUAAUAUUAGGGCGUGAUGUCUAAAGACUGUCCUAAGAAAAAGUCAGAUAAGGAGGCCUAUUCCUGCCUACGGGAUCUACUAUUACUGCUAAUGCUAUCAGUUGCGCUGUAUGUAGUAACGGCAGUAACUUUGACAAAAGCUGUAGCACUGGACUUAGCAUACGUCACGAACUACUUGGGCUGUGCUGCCUUCCUUCUGGGUUCCAUGGCAUACAUCGUUGUGCCGUUUGUGCAGGCCUACAAUAAGGCGUCAUCUUGUAAGUCGCAUACACAAGAUAACAAAGUAUCACAACCGUAAGCGUUAGAUAUGCUAAGGCGUUGCUUCGGGGUGUUCACGAAAUGACUGUUGUACGUGUCUCUGUAACAGUUGGUUACGUUACUGAAAAUAUGACUCACUAGAUUUUGCGGCACUACAUCAGCAACUGUUAUGCAAUCCUACGGGAGCUGGAUAUAGCAUCAUUUUCACGCCAAUUUGCAGGCUAAUAGUGGAGAAUACGCUCAAAACUCUGAUAACACAAACUAAAGCGACGAGAAUUUGAACAACGCUACGAAGCACAAUUGAAAGACGGCUGUAUGUCACUAUAGAAACAGUUGGAACAAUGAAGGCAUAAGUUAAAUGAAUGUUAUGUACGUUAACUUAAAACUGGGAAGAUUGGGUGACUAGCCAUGACACGUUACGCUUUGAUAGAUCUCUCAAAGGAUUUAAUAGUUUUGAUUCGUACCUUCCGUCACGAACUAUUGUAUGAAUAUGGUUAUUAAAGGCAAACCAAAUAUAUAAAUAAACGAUCUAUGAACUAUACUAUAUGGAAAUAUCCUUACUACAUCAAAAGAAUAUACAUUGUGCAUUGAGAAAAAACAGCAACUCAGGAUCUAUUACACUCAUGGAUGGAUUAGGGAACGAAGUGCCUAUUCUGGUUACACUGUGGAGCCUGGCAGAAUAAAUGUUGAGUGCCAAAAUAAACGAGCAACUAAACACUAAUAGAGUCACUAUAUUGGACACCAUUUAAUGUAGAGGUGAUAUCAAUAUGUAGUAAUGGUGUCUAGUGUAGUAGUGUGAGUACACCUGACGGCAUAAGCCAGAGUCUGGGUUAGGAUAGAGGUGUACGUUGACAUGUUCGGGCGCGGCCAGAUUGAACAAGAGUAUUGGAUUACUGU